AUGCCUGUUGAUAAGGAGCUCUGGGGUGAGUACGCUGCAGGCGCCUUCAUGAUCAUACUGCGGUUCUUUGCCCGGUGGAAGGUCAUUGGCAUCGAGAACUUUGGACUCGAGGAUGUCUUUAUGGGCGUCGCCCUGGUGACUUACUCUGCCAUCACAGCGCUUAUCCAUCUCAUCACGCAGUACGGCAGCACCAUCGGCCAGACGCCCGAGUCGGUAUACCUCCUUACGGAUGAGCAGGUCGCGAGCUUCGUCAUCGGGCAGAAGCUCACGUUUGCCGACUGGCUGAUUUAUCUCCUCUAUAUCUGGUCCCUGAAGUCGACGCUGCUGGCCAUGUUUGCGAGGUUGGCCAAGGAUCUUCCUCGGGAGGAAUUAAUCCUCAAGAUUGUGAUUGGUUAUACGGCAUUUGCCUUUGUUGGUGCGGCGAUAUCACACAUUUGCGUCUGUUUGCCGGUUCACAAGUCGUGGCAAGUGGUGCCGUAUCCUGGAGAUGCGUGCGCACUGCGAAAUCUCAAUUACUACCUCGUUAGCUUCUUCAACGCCAGCUCCGACCUCGCCAUCAUCGCCGUGCCCGUCCCUAUCAUCUUCAAAGCCCGAAUCCCUCUUUGGCGUCGCCUCCUCCUCGCCUCGCUCCUCUGCUCGGGUAUCUUCGUCAUCAUCGCCACCAUCCUCCGCUCGUACUACUCGCUCAAGUCGAUCACGCUUCUCCCCGUCGCUUCAGGCUGGACCUCGCGCGAGACCUUUGUCGCUGCUGUCGCCGUCAGCAUCCCCGGUAUCAAGCCCCUGUUUAGUCGCUCGCGCUGGUUCCGAUUCCGUUCCACCGCCGAUGACGCCGCCUACUAUAAUGGAAGUCGGGGCAAGAAGGGAACACACGAACUGGUAACUUUCGGAGGAUCUGGUCAACGUGGUAGAACCGACAUGGAAGAGGAGGGGGCUGCUGACUGGAGAGUUAGUGGGAAGGAGAUCAAAGGCACGAGGUUGUCAUCUGAUGGCAGCGAGGAUAUCAUCUUGUCCAGUAGGGACGAGCGAGGAAUGCCCUCGAUAUAUGUGACGAAAAGCUACAGACUCUCAUCUGAACAGAGAGGUAGUUCCAGUUGA